AUAGAACAAAAUAUACUGUUAUAUGGCAUUAACUAGGCACACCGUGUAACGAUAGCGUUUGGCUAGUUAUCAUAAGAAUGGACGCACUGUAAUUGUUCAUUUAAUGCUCUCGGAGUUUUAAACAUGUAGAUGCUAUAUUUUAUGAAGCGCCUUCCGUUUAUGAAUGGCGAUAAUGUAAAAGAGCUUGUGGCAAGUGGUGAAAAUAUGAGCAUUUCCCUACAAACUUUGUUCUGAUAAAAACACGUCCCCAAUGUUUCUCUAGUACUCAAGAAUGGAGAGCGGCAUUGUGUUCGGUUAGGGUGGUGUUUGUCAUUGUUUAUUCGAUACAGUUUUGUUUUUUUGCUGAUUGCACUGUCUUUCUUGAACCGAGCAUUCGUCAGGAUAUCUUACAACAAUACACAGUGUCGGCCGCCUAACACUAAUUAUUCAAAUGUUCUGAGCGCUGAUUGGUCGAGCACCUGACCAAAAAUGGCUAAAAGCUCGACUUGUUAUAUUCAUGUGCCAGUUACACUAGCCGAUAACUAAAGGGAGAACUUCGCGAAAAUAACGUGUUAACCCUGUCUGGUCUUGGCUCAGAUAGAAAUGGAUAAAGCAGCGUUUUUUGAAAGCUCAACAAAAUUGUCAACUCAAUUCACGUAUGCCAUUCAAACUCAAGAUGAGAAAAAUCUCAAGAGAAAACGAAGAAGAAAAUCCCAAAAUCAGCAAAUUGUGCAACGACACGCGGCAAACCUGAGAGAGCGCAAGCGGAUGCAGAGUAUAAACGAAGCAUUUGAGGGCCUGCGAAAACACAUCCCUACGUUACCUUACGAAAAACGGCUAUCCAAAGUUGAUACUUUGCGGCUAGCAAUUGGUUACAUCGGAUUUUUGACUGAGAUGAUCAAUUCUGAUAUGAGUCAUAGCCAGGCCUUGCAGCCUUCAAGGACAGAACAGCCGAGAAAAGUCAUGAUUUGCCACCGAGGAUCCGGAUCACAAAAUGAAUACGGACUACCGCCUCUCACAGGUCAUUCUCUUUCGUGGACGGACUCAAAAAAGAGCAAAACCGUAGCAGCGACGAUGACUGCCAAGAUUUGGACACCAGAAGACCCGCGAGUCGAUAGCACCGAUCCCUACCCACACACGCCAUUAUGAACACUGCUCAAGUGAAUAUUAAUUGUAUUUUAACAGAGAUAAAAUUAUUUUUCAAUGACUAGAGAGCGUUGGACGCUGACAGGAAGUAGAAAUAGAGACAUUUUUGGGUGUAAUAUUAAGCUUUCCUUGUUGUUGGUUUGAAUUUCCUCACGGAGGGAGUUUAAGUUUACUUUCAUGUUUUAUUAAUCACGUUAGGAAUGAUGUUAUUUCAACAAAAAUGACUCCAACUAAGAUAGAUACCUCCGAAAAAUGUACAUAAAUUUUUAUACUUUCUUUGUAUGGCAAAAGUGAGGAUGGAAAAAAAAAACGCUUCACGAAUAGAAAAUAUGUAUAUAGUGCAAUUAAAGACUUGUUUAAGAAAA